CUACAGCUGAGCGUCUACUUGAAUCUCUGGCGACAACACCAUGCUCUCCGGAUAGACUAUAGGAAUGCUUUCACUCAUCCUAAAGAGAACGCUUUCGCAGGCGGUCUACAUCUUUCUUGUUCUGAUCAUCGUGGUAGCUGCUGGCCUUUCAUGUGCUGCCAUACUCUCUCAGGCGGUUCGCACUUCGGACAACAAGUCAUGGGACAACAACUUCAAUGCCUUGAUCAUUGGGGCUUCGUAUAUCAUCGUGCUCGUUGCCUCCCUGUUCCUAUGCAUUAAACGACGCAUCGCGGUGCGGAUGAAGUUGCAACGGAUCUCAAAGACAUAUAGGACUGUAGGCGCGGAGGAUCUUCCCAAGUCUGUACAUCGGUACAUCACGCAGGAAUAUGUCAGGGCCUCGCUCAUCUCGCAUGAGUCGUUACCAGAGGAUGUCGUGCACGAGGGCUGGGGUCGACCAGGGAGCAAAUACCACGGCGUGUACUUCCGACGAGCACUACUUGACACUAUACCCCGAAUUGACAAGCUAGCCCGCACUGUCAUCCCCAUGCACCCAAGAUUGAAACCACAUGCUCGGAUGUUGCUUCAUUUCCGAUUCCUUGUGCCCUUGCUCCCGAAGGACCAAGACGGGAUAACACCUCUUCAUUAUUAUGAUUCCGCGAUCCAAAUUGCCCGAAAUGCGGAGAGGGAGCUGAGCGAGGAGGAGUUUGAGUUUGGGAUGCAGGCGGCAAAGGAGAUCGAGAGAGGGUUGGAGGAGUUGCGUCUGGAAAUGGAGGAUACCAAGUCACAUUCUCAUUUCAUGGAUUGAUAGUUGUGGUAUCCGUCUAUUUCGCAUGUCAAGUAGAACAUGUGGAUAGCCAAAACGUGCGAGUCGUAAUCAUUAGUAUCGUCUAUCU